CCGUCAGUAGUUCGGGUGUUGGCGUCGUCACGCCGCGUCGGUUUCGCGGGAAAAAAUAUCGCACGCACACGCGGACCACCCACCCCAUUGGGACUGCGAAAAACCCGAAAAUUCUAAACGUUUCCGGAAACGGUCGAACAACUGGACAAACGCGCGGGCAGACCUCACGACCGUCAUUGUUCGGGUGUUUUUUUUUUACGCUAUUUUCAUUAAAAAUUGGUUCAAUAUUUUCUCACACUGUUUCACGUGCCACCGUCGUGAUAACGCUGAGUAUUACUUCAUCGUGAAGACACACAACGAUAAGGUAAAUAUCGCAUGAAAACGGUCGUUCUCGUAUUAUGUAAAAGCGCAUAUAUAACUAUUGUGGUGAGCCCCAGUACCUAAUGUACCAACGCACUUAUGCCAUAUGUGGUAGUUCGCUUCAAUGGUUCAAAAAAGUGUGUUCAUUCACCGUCUUCCGCUUACGCAUUUCUGUGACGUCGGUGUGCGACUAAAAUCUAAAGCGGAAAUCCUCGAUAUCAUAGUAUAAGAAUCAUGUGACAAAAAGAUACAGAGUCUCACGCUGCACUGUUAACUCACACCUGUCAAAUGAUUAAGUGAUCAGACGAGGUCGGCGAGCAGUGAGAAGCGUGGACGAAUCAUGUCCUCCGAGACGGCGCCAAACUGCGGUUACGGAAGCAGCGAAGAGACCGCAUCGCUGCUGGUGAAGAGUCCUCCGCCGGUCGUCCGGUCUUCGUCGGUGGCGGCCGCGACCUCUUCCUCGGCCGCCACCACCGCAGCCGGCCCUUCCACGUCGUCCGGGAAGCCCGUGUUGACUCGACAGGACUGCACCACGUCACUGAUCCCUCACCACUACCGCGAUCUGCGGAACGCCACGCCGACGCUUGGGAGUAGCGACGACAGCGGGCCGCCCAACGACGGCGGUGCGGCGGCAAGGUCGGUGCCGGACAUCGAACUGCACUGCCGGUACUUGGCGGUGUCCCGGUGCCAGUGUCUGAGGCGCAAGAGCCACUGCAUUUCGCGGUCCGUGUCCCGGGAGAGUGUCCGCGGUGGUUGCGGCUCGGUAGGCGGCGUCGGUGGCGUCGGCGGUGGUGGCGUCGGCGGCAUGCCCGGUGCCGCCGGUUGCUCGGCCGUCGGUUACGGGUACGGUUACGGCGUCGGCGGUUGCGGCUCGAUCGGCGGCGGCGGCGUCGGAUCCGCAUACGGACUGUCACCGCCGCCGCCCGUCCUGCUCACCACGUCGCCCAGCUCACGGAUCAUCAGGCAGAGUUCGCAGCCCGAGGCCACCGGCAGCGCGUCCAUGUGCUCAGGCCACUGUUGCCACAACAUUCAUCAUCAGCCCAGCUCGUCGCUGCGACAGCUCCGCGACCCGGCCGACAAUAUAGCCAUGAUCGCGGCCGACUCCCUGCGGUUAAAUGGCGCGAUCAGACAAUUCCGACAGGCGGGAAUCCUGCUCUCAGCUCAGACGUUGGCGGCUCAGGGGACUCAGGCGCGUCGGGCACGACUCAGACGUGCAUUGACAGAAGCUGCGAAUUCAGACACAGUUCCAAUCAUCAAAACGCUGCGAAAGCACACGUCAUCGACAUUGUCGAUCACUAGUGGGAUGAAGGUUAGCGGUUCAGGUGGCCGAGGCGAUAGCGGCGUAGUGGGCGAGGAAGCCGGCAUAGCAUUGGUUAGCAUACAUUCCGACUAUCCCCGCUACACCGAAGAACGUACCGGGUUGGUGUGCAAGGGUACCAGCUUAGUAGGUUCCAGUGGUAAUAUAACUGGCAGUAAACACAAACCAAACGUCGGAUACAGACUGGGUAGGCGUAAAGCACUUUUCGAAAAACGAAAAAGAAUCAGUGAUUACGCUCUAGUGAUGGGAAUGUUUGGAAUUAUAAUCAUGGUCAUCGAGAAUGAGUUGGCCAGUGCAGGAGUAUACUCGAAAACGUCAUUCUAUUCUACGUCACUGAAAACGCUCAUAUCCGUAUCCACCAUCAUUCUGCUGGGUUUGAUCAUGGCCUACCACGCGCUCGAAGUACAGUUGUUCAUGAUCGACAAUUGCGCGGACGACUGGCGGAUCGCGAUGACGUGGCAGCGGAUUGCCACCAUCACGAUGGAGCUGGUGAUCUGCGCGAUCCACCCGAUCCCUGGCGAGUAUUACUUCGAGUGGAAAACCAAGCUGGCCAACAAGCACGGGAAGCUGGAUACUCGGUGGGUGCCGUACGAUGUGCCACUGUCGCUACCGAUGUUCUUCCGGCUGUACCUCAUCUGCCGGGUCAUGUUGCUUCACAGCAAGCUGUUCACGGACGCAUCGUCCCGCAGCAUCGGCGCCCUGAACCGGAUCAACUUCAACACGAGGUUCGUGCUGAAGACGCUCAUGACCAUAUGCCCGGGCACGGUGCUACUCGUGUUCAUGGUGUCCCUGUGGAUAAUCGCCAGCUGGACGCUCAGACAGUGCGAGAGGUUUCAUGAUGAAGAUCACGCUAACCUGCUGAACUCCAUGUGGUUCAUAGCGAUCACGUUCCUGAGCGUGGGCUUCGGAGACAUAGUGCCAAACACUUACUGCGGUCGUGGCAUUGCGGUCACCACUGGCAUAAUGGGUGCCGGGUGCACAGCUCUUCUAGUGGCUGUUGUGUCACGAAAGAUGGAACUGUCUAGGGCAGAGAAACAUGUCCAUAAUUUCAUGAUGGACACUCAACUUACAAAACGACUGAAAAACGCUGCGGCCAACGUCCUUAGAGAGACGUGGCUGAUCUACAAACACACCAGACUGGUGAAAAGGGUGAAUGCAGGCAGGGUUCGAACACACCAACGAAAAUUCUUGUUGGCCAUAUACGCGUUGAGAAAAGUAAAAAUGGACCAAAGAAAAUUAAUGGACAACGCAAAUACAAUAACAGACAUGGCCAAAACGCAGAACACAGUUUAUGAAAUUGUAUCCGACAUGAGUAAUCGAUAUGAUGCGUUUGAAGAACGUUUGGUGAAUCUCGAAGAUAAACUGGUAGCCUUACAAGAACAGCUGGAGCUGUUGCCGGAGAUCCUGACCCGGUGCAUAGCGCAGAACCAGCAGAACCAGCAGAACACCAGCAACCUGUCGUCGACGACGGAGUCCAGGCGCAAUUUCCUGCACCCGGAAUCUGCGGCCGCGGUGGCCACCGGCGGUCUGAUGCAACCGUCCGUCUCGUCUCCGGCGGGCAGCAUGACCGGCGUCGGCGGAAACCCGCUGAUGUUCCCGUCGUCCUCGGGCGCCGCGAGCGGCGGCAUGAUGUUGGCCAUGGGUAACGGAUCGACGGUCAUGUCCCACUCGCGCAGCGUGCCACCGACCGGUGCCGGCGGCGCGUCCCAUUACCACUGGCCCACCAGUCCCAUAUUGCCGCCAAUCAGCAGCCGGACGCCGCAUUUAGUGCCCGAGCCCAUCCAGCCGUCCAGCUGAGCCCACGCCCGACCGCCGCCCAUCGGAACAAAAAUAUGUCAGCGUUCAUUUUAAAAUCAGCCGAACGACUGGGAAAACGAUUCAAAAUCGUCUACGUACAACUUAUAUUGACGUUAAUAUAAUAAUAUUAUAAGUAUAAUAAUAAAUUAUUAUUGUUAAAAUACUUAAGUAGAAUUAAUUAAUGUUAAACACAAAAAAAUACUUUGUUAUUUCUACUAGAAAUUAGUAAGAAUUGCUCAGAAUAUACAAGUGGAUUUUAAAAUUACGCAUAGGUCACGUUCAACGAGAUAUGUAGAAUUGUAUACGCCGAAAUGGCUUUUAUUUUGAUUUUGAUUUUUUUAAUAUUGUUAAAAUUUAUAAAUUUAUAAAAUUAAAUAUUAAAUUGUAAUUAUAUUAUUAAAUGUCUUUAUAGGUAGGUAUUUUAUCGCUUUAGAAUAAUUGCGCGUAACGUACAUUAUUAUAUUUUUCUACGAAAAUCGAUUCUAAAUAACCAAUAAAAUCUUUAUAACAAUAUUAAAUAAUAUUAAUAUAAAUAUAAAUU